AUGGCAGAGAAACAGCUCGCCGACCUUCUGGCCUUACUGACUCCCUGUGAUAUCGUGACGACUGAGUCGUCAGAUUAUGAAGAGCAGUCAAGAACAUGGGCUAUUCAGGCCAACAAACAUCCUCUAGCUGUGAUCAUUCCCAAAACUGUGGAAGCGUUGAGCAGAAUUAUAUCACAUGCUAAUGACACAGACCUCGACAUUGGGAUCCGUUGCACCGGGAUUGGAAAUGCCACCAGCAAAGGCGUUCUAAUUUCACUAUCAGCCUUCAAGUUAUUCGAAUUCGAUCCUGACGAAGAGACCAUCACUUUCGGGUCGGGUCACUGCUGGGGCGAAGUCGACCAAAAGCUGGAAGAGAGUGCUCCAGGAUACGCAGCAGUCAGUGCUAGAUGCACCUAUGUUGGAGUCGGUGGAUCCAUCCUUCACGGAGGACAGAGCUGGCUAAGUUCGGAGUAUGGUCUUGCAUGCGAUCCACAAAAUCUACUCGAUGUCCAAGUGGUGAAGAUGGACGGCGGUAUUGUUUGGGCGAGUGAGGAACCUGAUCUUCUUUGGGCACUUCGUGGCGGGGGUGGAGGCUUUGGAGUCGCUACCGCCUUUAAGAUGCGAGUUUACAAGUAUCCCUCUUCGAUAUUCUGUGGACAGAUCAUCUACCCGCCGGCUGCACUGAAGGACGUGGCACGAGAGAUUGCCGCCUUUGCUUCGCGUUGUAGCAAUGCGAAGAUGGCUUUGCAUUUGUACUGCCUCGACAUGACAGCGGGCACAUAUGCGGGCAAGGAACCGAAACCUGGACUGGCAAUCUUCGCAUAUGAUGCUAACGGGCCAGAACAUGGCCGAAGCAAAGACGGUUUCAAAUGGGCACUGGAAAUCCCGGGAGCGGUUGAUCUCACCAAGACUUUGAGCUUCCGAGAAGUGAACCAGCAGUUUGAUGCUUCCAAUGCCCUUUUUGGGAAGCUCAACACCUGGGCAGCUGGAGUCACAGUCCCUACUGUCGAUGAGAACUUGAUUCUCAGAGCUUGGGAUUGGUAUUUGGCUCUCUUGGAGAAGGAUCCACGUCUAGUUAUGGGCACUUACGUACUCAUGGAAGUAAUGCAAAAGGCUGUCUAUCAAUCUCUUGGCUUUCCAAGCCUGGUCUCCGCCUGGCCUCAUACAAGAAACCAACACAAUCUUCAGCUAGGGACUGGGACUGUACCAGGCCAUCCUGACAGUGAUGGUCUAGCAUACAAAGCGAUGGCAGAGGGGCCGUUUGAGAUCCGCCCAGGCCACACGGGAGCCGACUAUUUCCCUAAUUUCCUGGAAGACUUCGUCGAUCCCAGAGAGGUCUUUGGAGUAAACUUCAAUAAACUGGUGGAAAUCAAGAAGAAAUACGAUCCCAAAAACAAGCUAGGUGGACCGUUUGCUUAG